AUGGCCGAUAACAGCGACGAUUAUUCCUACGAUUACGAAUAUUUAUAUAAAAUAGUGUUGAUUGGGGAUUCAGGGGUUGGUAAAUCUAACUUGUUAUCACGUUUCACUCGUGACGAGUUCAAUUUGGAGAGCAGAUCAACUAUUGGUGUUGAGUUUGCUACCAGAACAUUAGAAAUUGAUGGUAAACGAGUUAAAGCACAGAUUUGGGACACUGCUGGUCAAGAAAGAUAUAGAGCCAUUACUAGUGCGUAUUAUAGAGGAGCUGUUGGGGCUUUGAUUGUGUAUGACAUUGCAAAAACAGAAAGUUACGAAAGUGUUAGCCGUUGGUUGAAAGAAUUGAAAGAACAUGCUGAUGCGAAUAUUAUAAUUGAAUUAGUUGGUAAUAAAUCUGAUUUGGAUCAUUUAAGAGCAGUUCCAACUGAAGAAGCUAAAAAUUUUGCCAUGGAAAACAAUUUACUAUUCACCGAGGCAAGUGCUUUGAGUAGUGAUAAUGUUGAUUUGAGUUUCCAUCAAUUAUUGAAGAAUAUCUACGAAAUGAUUUCAAAGCAUCAAUUAGAAAACAAUGAUUCCAAGCAAACCAACACUGCUGGUGGACCAACUAUUUCAUUAACUCCUGCACCUCAAGAAAAGAAGAAUAAGAAUAACGGUGGUUGUUGUUAA